AUGAAGGCGACUCAACUUUUCGUGCAGGCGAACGAAGCCGUGACCCUCGACGAUGUGUUGAUUUAUCUGGACGAGUUUGGUACAUACCAAAGGUACCUUUUUUGCAUACUGACGGUCUUCAGCGUGUUCCUGAUCUUCGUGUACUUCACGCAAGCCUUCCUCACCAUCCUGCCCAACGAGUACUGGUGCAAACUUCCGGAGGUGGAGGGGGUGUCCAACGAGAAAUUGAAGAAGAUCAUGAUACCGAGCUCGAAAGUGGUCCCUUACGAGGGCCAUCAGUUAUCCUACUCGAGGUGCUGGAUGUACGAUUUGCCAGUGGAGCAGGCUCUGGCUCUGAACAAACCCGACGAAAGUUGGCCGUUGAAGAGGUGCAACACCUGGGAAUUCAAGCUCAGCCGAUCGGACGUGCCCUACAUGUCUGUCGCCGCAGAAAAGAAUUGGGUCUGCGAAGAGGAGUACAAAGCCACCCUGGCCCAGAGCAUCUUCUUCGUGGGCUCGGUAGCUGGCAGCUUCGCUUUCGGUUGGCUAGCGGACAAAUACGGUCGAAUACCAGCCCUAGUCGGCACGAACUUGUUAGGCUUCAUUGGUGGCGUCAGCACCGUGUACAUCGACCACUUCUGGCAGUUCUGCAUCUGCAGGUUCGCCGUUGGCAUGGCCUACGACAACACCUUCGUGAUCGCUUACAUCCUCGUUCUGGAGUACGUCGGGCCCAGAUGGCGUUCCUUCACUGCCAACAUGUCCUACGGAAUAUUCUUCACCGUCGGUGGAGUCUGUUUGCCAUGGAUGGCUCACGGGAUCGCCAACUGGAGGAGCUUCUCGUUGCUGACGUCCAUUCCUCUCGCCUCUGUCGUUCUCGCUCCGUUCUUUCUUCCUGAAAGCGUCAGGUGGCUGAUCAGCACAGGCCAGAUCGAGAAGGCGUUGAAGAUCAUCACCAGAAUCGAAAAGAUAAACGACUCGCAAAUACCAGACGAAGUCUACAAGGAGUUCCUCGACGACUGCAUCGAAACCGCCGACACGUUGGCUGCGGAGGACCAUACGGUGUUCGAUCUCUUCAAGACCACCCGCCUGAGAAAAAUGAUGCUCCUACUGACGGCGUCCUGGGGCCUCAUCCAGAUGGCCUACGACGCCCACAUCAGGAGCCUGAACACCAUAGGCUUGGACAUGUUCACCUCGUUCACGAUCGCCUCCGCGACCGAACUACCAGCCAUGCUCCUGGUCACCUCGGUCCUGGACAUCCUAGGUCGAAGAUGGACCCUCUUCGGCUCCGUCAUCAUCUCGGGGCUCUUUAGUUUCUUCGCGGCCAGCGUGGCUCUCGGGGUCGGCUUCACCACGUUGGCUAUGUGCAGUCGGUUCUUCAUCAACGUGGCCUCGAACAUAGCCAUGCAAUACGCGGCGGAACUUCUGCCGACGGUGAUCAGAGCCGAAGGGGUGGCCUUCAUCCACGUGAUGGGGUACGUCACCUCCGUCAUCAGCCCCUUCAUCGCCUUCUCCCACAAAGCGAGGUACAACCUGCCGAUGAUACUUCUGGGAACCACGUGCUUCGUCUGUGGGCUCGUCUGUCUCUUUCUCCCGGAAACGUUGAUGGAACAGCUGCCCCAGACUCUGCUGGAGGGGGAGCUGUUCGGGAUCGACCAGAAAUUCUGGGAAACCCCGUUCACGAGGAAGGAGCCCCUGGAGCCGAUAGGGCACCACUUGCACGCGAAACGGCCGGCGUUGCGGCCGGCGAUAUUGCGCAGCACCAUGAUUUCCGGUUACGUGGGCAACGAAAGCAGGAUACUGUCUACCCAAGAAAAGGCUGCCCUAGCCUCCGAUAGGCUCGCAGACACCGACUCGUCCACGUCUGUCUCGCCUCAAGAUUAUCUCGAGCAACUUAGGCGAGAGGCCAGCGUGACCGACGACUUCGCAAACGAGACUCGCGAGGACAACCAAAAAUAG